CGUAAUCAUCUCCUCGUCCAUCGAGCCCGACCCGAGCCCAUCCCCCGCGGCAUCUCACAGUGCGGCGGUCAAACCCCACCUCGCGCCGCGUCGCCGCCUCGGUCAAAGCCCGACCGUGCUCGGAUCAGGGGGCGCGGGAUUAGGGUUUGCGAGCGAGCGCGCGCGCUGCCUUCCGGCGGGGGCGGAGGAGAUGGAUGUGUUCCUGCAGAGGCUGAAGCGGCUGGACGCGUACCCCAAAGUGAACGAGGACUUCUACAAGCGGACGCUCUCUGGCGGCGUAGUCACGCUCGUCGCCGCCGUCAUCAUGCUGCUCCUCUUCAUCUCCGAGACCAGGGCAUAUUUUUUUUCAGCUACAGAGACCAAGUUAGUGGUAGACACAUCAAGAGGAGAAAGACUACGAGUAAAUUUUGAUAUUACUUUUCCAAGCAUUCCUUGCACUCUUCUCAGUGUUGAUACUACGGAUAUUAGCGGAGAGCAGCAUCAUGACAUUAGGCAUGACAUUGAGAAGAGAAGAUUAGAUUCACAUGGUAAUGUUAUUGAAGCAAGAAAAGAAGGCAUUGGUGGAGCAAAGAUUGAGAGACCAUUGCAAAAACAUGGAGGAAGACUUGACAAAGGUGAGCAAUAUUGUGGCACAUGUUAUGGUGCUGAGGAGUCAGAUGAUCAAUGCUGUAAUUCUUGUGAAGAAGUUAGGGAGGCAUAUAAGAAGAAAGGAUGGGCCCUUACGAAUCCUGACCUGAUUGACCAGUGCACAAGAGAGGAUUUUGUUGAAAGGGUUAAAACUCAACAAGGUGAAGGCUGCAAUGUCCAUGGCUUUCUAGAUGUCAGUAAAGUUGCUGGAAAUUUCCACUUUGUCCCAGGCAAAGGAUUUUAUGAAUCGAAUAUAAAUGUGCCAGAGUUGUCGUUAAUUGAAGGUGGUUUCAAUAUUACCCACAAAAUAAAUAAACUGUCCUUUGGGACAGAAUUCCCUGGUGUUAUUAAUCCACUUGAUGGUGCUCAGUGGACACAGCCAGCAUCGGAUGGGACAUACCAGUAUUUCGUAAAGGUUGUUCCUACAAUUUACACUGAUAUAAGAGGGAACAAGAUUCAUUCAAACCAGUUCUCGGUGACGGAGCACUUUAGAGAUGGAAAUGUUCGUCUAAAACCCCAACCUGGAGUAUUUUUCUUCUAUGAUUUCUCGCCUAUAAAGGUGAUAUUCACAGAAGAAAAUAGAUCCCUACUCCACUACCUGACGAACCUAUGUGCUAUAGUGGGAGGGGUGUUCACUGUCUCUGGCAUUAUCGACUCGUUCAUAUUCCAUGGACAGAAGGCACUCAAGAAGAAAAUGGAGCUAGGCAAGUACAGAUGAUCUACAUCAAUCUUUUCCUAGUUUUGUGGCAUGCAAGGAGGGUGUAUGCCUGCUAAAGAUGAGACGCCACUUACAUUGAGAGGUUGCAAGGCCAUCAAAUGGAUGAUGUUGCACGUUAGUUGAUCGAAUAUUACCUGUAAAAAGACAAGGAAUAGGCUGGUCUGGGGGAGUGCUUCGUGUCUAUCAUUGUUGACUAUCGUUGAAUGGAGUAAACUGGUGUGAUGCGGUGGAUAGAUCAAUAGAUCACAGGAUGUUUCUCAUGAAAUUUUGUUCAAGGAAACAGCUUCACUCAUUGUGUCUUUCAUCCUUUGAACUUUGUUCAUAGUUUGCUGCUGCUUUCCAGAAAGAACUAGAACAAUUCCAUUUGAUUGCCUUUCAACUCAUUACAUAACAUGGCUUUUUUUGUUUUGCA